UCAACAACAACAACAUCCUAAAGAAAAUCAGUAAAUCAGCGAAGCUGUUUGUCUGGAGAAAAUUUAGUUCGGAGUUUUGGAACCUAACUAGAAAAAAGUUAAAACUGUAUUACUGACAGCCUGAAAGAAAAUUAUGAAUGGGGAUGAGCAAGAUGUCAAAGUAAGGCCUAGACCUACUUCCUGGAAGCAAGAACCGCUUGCAAGUUCCGUUGAUGCCAAGCAAAAUGUUUCUACCGAAAAGCCCAAAUAUAUCGACGAUAUGACACUAUUUAUGGCAUGGCACAAUUGGUACUUAAGCGAACAAAACAGAUUUUUAAUGAACCUAUGCAUUUUUCAAAAUUUCCAUCAGCAAACUGUGCUGCCACCUCCACCCGCUACAACAGCGCAUUGGCAAAGAAGUAACAACUUAGCAGAUGCAAGCCAAUCGAUAAAUAACAAUGUUGGGGUAUCAGUGAAAGUUUCAUCAUUUAAAAAACGGAUUGCUGCUGAGUUUAUUGACUUUCUGUUUCUCCUUCUGGUCAAAAUAUUUGUUAUUACUUAUAUUUUUGGUGAUCAAUAUAUUGAUAAAUUCCAAUAUAUUUUGGUCAUUGAUGAAAACACAACAAUAGAAGACCUGCAACUGACUGUGCUUCAAGCAUUGCUCUUCAGAGUUGUUGCUAUAGCGUAUGAGGGUUACUGCUUGAGUGGUACUUUGCCAUUUUCGAAUGGAGGCACUCUGGGAAAACGGAUUAUUGGAAUAGAAGUCAUGAAGUGUGAACUUGUUGAAGAUAUUGAUGCUGUUCAGGGACAGGUCAGAGUUAUCCCUGGUGGACAUCUAGGGGCACUCAGGUCAAUGAUCCGCGCCACAAUGAAAAAUGUGAUCAUAUCGUUAUUCUUUCCUAUGCUUCUACCUUUGCAAAUGAUGACAAGCUACAACCGUCUUAUCUAUGACAUUGCAACUGGCACAAUUGUGGUUGACAAGGUUUAGUCUGGCAAAUGGAAAUACAGAAAAGCCAUCCAAAAUGCAGCCAUACUGAAGACACAUACCAUUUUCAAAGAGCGUCUUUGAAACUAAAAAUCCUAGUUUUGAUCUUUUUUCAAUUACUCAUCAGUAUGUAAAAAAUUAUAUAUAUACUCAAAAUAAUUUAUUGUUAAAGCAAAAUACAGUUGCAUGCUUUUGAGUUGAUCUCCAUGAUGCAUUUGAAAUUAAUUUUU